AUGGAAUCUCUGCCCACAGGCAGUUAUAAUCUCGCCACGAUAGACUACAGCCUGUGCCCACAAGCGAUGAAAAACGUCGGGUGUAUAGAGCGCAACGCGACUCGUAUGAGCCAAGUGGAAGGGCAAGCGUCUGUAGCGGACUAUGAUGCGGGUGCUGCUCAGGAGGGUGAUAUGGCAGCUUCGUCGCCAGCUUCAAUGCGGUUGAAGAUGGGCCGGUCACUCGUGAACGUAUUCUGGGAGGGAGCGCGGGUGCUGAACCGAUUCGUGCGCCACUACGAGCCACUGUCCUACGAGCCCGUCGGCGUUCGCGGAUUAGGGCGCUGGAAGCGCUCGGCCGCCGCUCAUCGAGAUGACAACAGCAGGACACGGACGGUGCAGGUCGCGUUCAGAGCUCAUGGAAGAGAGUUCCGGCUCCAGUUGACCCAGGAUCGGUCUGCAUUCUCUGAAGACUUCUCCCUGGUGACGAACCGAGGGCGUGUUCAGGCCAGCCUCGACCACAUCUACUCCGGACACGUUGCAGGCGCUCCCGGAAGCCGCGUGAUCGGCUCCCUGGUGGACGGCGUUUUCAGUGGACGCAUCUCGCUGACUCCAGGCGAUGACGACGGGGACUUCUACGUGGAGCGUGCCGGUCCUUACCUGUCAUCCUCCUCACCUACGGCCCUCUUCCACUCGCUCAUCUACGCCGCCAAGGACGUCAGCUCCGAUGGCGCCGGUUGCGGAGUGCGCGGACCCACGCAGGACGUCCCACGACGCCGACAUGGGCGCACGCCGUCAGAGAAUUCGGAACUGAGACGAACCAGACGCUCCGUGGCGACUGCCGUGGUGGCGCCUCCAGCACCGCAGGCCACUGGUGCCAACGUCAGCAGCAUCGGCACCAUGUCGGCUGAUACCGGUGCGGACCAGGGGCUGACCGGACGGCAAGCAGCCUUUGAGGCUCCGCAGGGAGACACUCACAUCCGCAAGGGCGUGCAGCGUGUGUGUAACAUCGAAAUCACCGUCGACCACACCUUCUACGAGAUGGUGUCAUCAGAUGUGAACGGCGACGCGAACAAGGUCCAUGCGGACAUCACAAGCCUGGUGCACACGCACGUCGCCUCUGCGACGGAGAUCUUCGGCAGCACAAAUUUCAGCGGCAUCACGGACAUCUCUUUCGUCGUUCAGCGCUUGCAGAUCAACGACUCCAGUGCUUGCGAGGGCUCGGUGCGCCGGACGAAUCCUUACUGCGCCGACACCCUGGACGCGACGCACACGCUUGUCGAGCUGUCCAAGACAAACCACGACAAUUUCUGCGUCUCUUACUUGUGGACGUACCGCGACUACCCCAGUGGCACGCUGGGCCUCGCGUACGUCGCGGAGCUCAACGGUAUCGUCCCCGUCUUGUUCGCAGGUAACGCGGGAGGCCUGUGCGAGAAGUUUCAGUCGGACGUGGCUCUGCAGCUGACAUCGGACUACACGGGCCGGGUCAGUCUGAACACGGGUGUCGUCACCUUCGUCAACAAGAACGUGCGCCUGCCCCACCGGGUCUCCGAGGUCACCUUCGCCCACGAACUGGGACACAACUUCGGUGCGCAGCACGACCCUCCCGAGUGUAUUCCCGGUGGCAGCGUGGGCAACUUUCUGAUGUUUGCCAGCGCCUCUCAGGGCACGAUGCGCAACAACCGGCGCUUCUCCAUGUGUAGUAUCGGCGACAUCUCAGCUAUCCUGGAGCAGAUGCUCUCGGAGCAUGGUACCCGCGCGAACUGCCUCCAAGAGCUGCGGGGCCCGUUCUGCGGCAACUCUAUACUGGAGGAGGAUGAAGAAUGCGAUUGCGGCUACGACUGGCACGAUUGUCGCGAGACGUGCUGCUACCCGCGCGAGCACGGCCAGCUCAAUCGCAAAGGUUGCACGCUUCGACCGGACGCCAAAUGCAGUCCAUCCACCAGCGCCUGCUGCAGCGAGACCUGUCAGUUCUACAACGCGUCAUGGCUCUGUAGACAUGACGACGAUUGCCGAUUCGAAGCCUACUGCGACGGUUGGAGCGGCAAGUGUCCCGUUCCGCCGCAUAAGCACGACGGCGUGCUCUGCAACCACGGCACGCAGGCUUGCGAAGAUGGCGAGUGCGUGCGCUCCAUCUGCAGCGUCUACGACCUCGAGGCGUGCUACCUCACGGGGCCCCAGCGCACGCCUGAAGAGAUGUGCCUCAUCGCGUGCCGAGAGAACGUGUCUGGAAGCGUGUGCAUGGAGGCGUGCCACUUCGAACGCAUGAAAGACUUCUGCAACAAGAAGCUGGAGCCCGGGGCGCCGUGCGAUGACCUGCGCGGCUACUGCGACGUCUUCCAGCGGUGCCGCCUGGUGGACGCCGAAGGUCCACUCGCCCGUCUACAUUGGCUUGUAUUUGGAGGAAGAGGCCUGCGCAACGCAAUGUCGCACUACUGGUACCUCACGCUGUUGGCCGUCGUGGUGGGCAGCGGGUUCACGGCACUGUUCAUCAAGCUGUGCGCUGUACACACGCCCAGCAGCAACCCGCACCUCAAGAGACACCGCGCCAUCAGCGAAUCCGUGCGGAGGCCGACGAGUUUGCUGCACACGUGA